CGGGGGAGUCAUUACAAAUACCAUUCUUGACCCCGACGACUAAAUUCGAGACAUCCCAAUAAGACCAGGAAAGUACACCCUGUCUUCAGUUUGCUGUCCAGCACAUUGAUCAUCCCCCGCCGUGACCAUGGCCAGCACCUCGGCUGCUCGAUACAUGUACCCUGCCGGGUAUUCGCGUCACAUUGCCACGAUUCUAGGAUUCCCAUCCAAACAGUCCAUCGCCCGGGAGUACUACAAACUCGCCUGCAGUGAGAUCGCAGCCCUCGCCGGGGUAGUCUCAGCAUUCGAACCCGUCCGUCUCUACGCCCGCCCCGAAGAUGUCACCAAUGCACAGUCGCUAGUCCACGAAGCCAUCGCCAAAUCCAAGGGCAACAUCUCCAACGUGUCCAUUAUUCCAUUUCCCACGAACCACCUCUGGGUCCGCGACACUGGGCCCGUGUAUGUGCGCGCGGCGGACGAAUCCAACCGACACCGCCGGUUCGCAAUCAACUUUGGCUUUUCCGAAUGGGGUCGAAAGGAGGAAGUUGCAGACGCGCAUCGCGCGGCAGACGGUCGGGAUUGGCCGGUGAUGAGCCCUGCGGAGCUAGAGGAGAACUCUACUUUUGCGAAGCGGGUUAUUGAGUCGGAUACAUCUCCGUCUCCCGUAACCCCUGUUGAGUCGAAGAUUUGCCUGGAGGGUGGCGCGCUGGUCGUGGAUGGCGAGGGCACUCUACUCGCGACGGAGAGCAGCAUCAUUAAUGAGAAUCGCAAUCCCGGUCUCUCACGCUCGGAAAUUGAAGCCGAACUCAGUCGUCUCCUGGGAGUCGAGAAGAUCAUAUGGUUUCCUGGUCGGAAGGGGCUUGAUGUCACGGAUGUCCAUGCGGACGCCGAGGUCAACUUUGUGCGUCCCGGCGUUGUUGUUCUCUCGCGCCCGCACCCCUCGGCACCGAAGCCGUGGAUUGAGGUCUAUGAAGAAAUCAGGGAUAUCCUCGCGCAGUCGGUCGAUGCAAAGGGCCGGCGCUUCGAGGUUCAUACGAUAGACGAACCCGAUCCUGAAGCCCUUGGUCCGUUGACGUAUGAGGAGCCCGCGACCAACUAUGUCAACUAUUACUUUGUCAACGGAGGCUUGAUCGUUCCACAGUUUGGGGAUGCGGUUCGUGAUCAGGACGCAGUGCAGACCUUGCAGAGGUUAUGCCCGGACCGUACUAUUCGGCCACUUGCAGUACGUGCGGUGCCCCUGGCAGGUGGCGUCCUUCACUGCUCCACACAGGGAGUUUUUGCCCUGGAAGAUUAGCGAGUAACUUCGAGCUGGUAGUAACGAACAAUGUAUAUAUAGAAGUUUAUGUAACUCACCGAUAAGGGAACGGAUAGUACGAGCUGAGUGUGUAUUUAGUCUCGGCCAUGUGUGGAAGACGGCCUAGUUAACCCACUGCAGGUGCAAGGACGUAUACAACCAGGCUCGAAAGUUGAAGGGCGCAAAGUGACACCAUUGGUCGGAUAGUACUACCUUAAAGAUAAGCGAUUGUGGGGUAAAUGUCUAGGGAUGGAAUUGGAGUCAGGAGGUCCCAUGACGCGGAAAACGUGGCAUUCCCCGCAGGACUGCAAUCAAACAUUCCACACAGCACUGCAGUUCGACUCGCUCGUCCAGUCUAUACUCUACCAAGCACGAGAGGAGACAAGUCCUACGCCAGAGCUAAUGCCAUCGACUCCUAAAUCAUAUCGCCGCCCCCGCAGGGCCCCUGCGCACCUCAGAACCAAGACGGGGUGUAUGACAUGUAUGGACU